AGCAUGCCGGACGAUCCGGACCGGUUCUAGCAGCACUUGUCCUGAACGACCACUGAAGUCCGUGUUCGGUGCAUUCAUCCUCGUCACGAUGUCCAGUACCAUCACCUUCAAUACCUUGACGGGCUUCUUCGUUCACGAGGACAUUGGCGCCGACUCUGCUGCGAUAGGCGCGGUCCCCCCACGAUUCGGUUUGAAGGAUGACUCGAGCGAUCGCUGGCGAAAGCUCCUCUCACACGUCCACUACCUGAACGCCACCGCCGAGGAUGGCGCUCUUUACAAGCUCUUCAUCCUCGGGAGGCACGGACAAGGCUAUCACAACCUAGCUGAAUCAAAGUACGGCACGAAGGCCUGGGACGAUUACUGGGCGAAGCUUAACGGCGACGAUGAAAUUACGUGGGGGCCCGACCCGGAACUCACGCCGCUUGGCAAGAAUCAGGCGCGCGAUGUCAACGCUAUGUGGAAGCAGGAGAUCCAAACUGGCAUGCCGCUACCGUACUUUCUCUACAGCAGCCCCUUCACUCGUGCCCUGCAUACGCUGCGCAUAACAUUCGGCGACUUCCUGUGUCAGACACCGAGGCCGUUGGUUCUGGAGAACUGCCGCGAAGUCUCCGGCGUCCACACUUGCGACAAACGGCGUACGCGGUCGUACAUCGCAUCUGCGUUUCCUGAGGUCGACAUCGAGGAUGGCUUCACCGAGGAAGAUGAGUAUUAUGAUGACGAUGUUCGAGAGCCUCCCGAGAGCGUCGUUGCGCGGGCACGAGCGGUGCUCGUGAGGAUUUUUGAGGACCGGGAACGUGAAUUCAUCUCCAUCACAGCCCAUGGAGGCUGGAUCAACGCCUUCCUGACCGCAGUUGGAAGGGCGCACUUCGCGCUCCCGACGGGUGGUGUCCUCCCUCUGAUCGUCAAGUGUACGAGUAUGUAGAUUGUACGAGUACAACGGCAAAGGGCGAUGGUACUGAUUGACUCAUGUUGACUAGCCUGCGUG